AUGCCCAAUUGGCCUGGAUUUAAACGUGAAAUAUGUAUUUCAAACUCAAACGAUAAAAUUUUGGAAAAACAAUUACAACUAAUAGAAAUUAAUCUCGGAUCAUACUACAACAAAUAUAACAAGACUAUCUAUAAAAACAAUAAAAGAUGGCAAUCAAACAAAUGGCAAGAAAUGUGUUCAGAGAAUCUUUUCCACGUGUCUUACUGGAACGUAGAAUCUAAUGAAUUAGUAUGCUUUUGUUCUAUAAUGCCCUGCGAAGAAUCAAUCGUUGAAGGUGAAAUGUCAAAUAUAAUCUACCUCUAUGAAAUUCACGUUGCACCAGAAUGGAGAAAUCAGAAAUUUGGUAAAUCCAUUUUAAAUGCUUUAAAGGAGAAACUCUGCCCCAAAGCACAUCUCUCAGGAAUCGAACUCACGGUUUUCAGUUCAAACGAAAGGGCGAUAAAUUUUUACCGGAAUAACGGAUUCACUUUGUCCUACGACUCUCCUAGCGACAAGCGUCGCCGUACAAGAACGGGCAUUAGAAUCAUUCGCCCGACUUACUACAUUAUGUGUUACGUACUUCGAUAA